ACUCUACACUAGAAACAUUCCCACCAAUCAAAUAGGCAACUUCCGGGUUUGAAUCACGUGAUCAAGUGGUAACGUCACGGACUCGCAAUGGCUACGCACAACCGGAAAGGCGGUGGAACGGUGAGAGUUCUUGAGAAAGCGGAACGGCGCCUUGAGGAGGGAAAAUACUAUGAAGCUCAUCAGAUGUAUAGGACUGUUUACUACAGGUUUAUGGGUCAGAAGCGUAAUGAUGAGGCUCUAAAUCUCGUGCACAAGGGAGCAUCUCUGUUGCUUGAACACAAACAGUUUGGCAGCGGGCUUGACUUGUGUCUUCUCACGAUUGAACGCUUUAUCACUGACAAGAUCGCAGUAUCUGAUGAGAGAUUGGAUCAAUUGGCGCAGUUGUUUCAUUUGUUUGAUGGACAGGAGAAGCCUCGAGCAAAGUUUAUUAAUGCUGCAAUUAAAUGGAGCUCAGGAGGUGGAGAUGGCUAUCGAUAUGGUCACCCAUAUUUACAUCAAUUAGUGGCCUUGGCAUGCUGGAAAGAAGGGAAUUAUGAGCGGGCUCGUCAUCACUUUCUAUAUGCCGACCAGAUGAAAGACUUCUCCCACAUGCUAAUAGAAAUGUCAACGAAAUUGGGUUAUCCUGGGGAGUAUGACUUGUUUAUAACACAAGCCGUCCUACACCUUUUAGUCCUACAGAAGGUGGCUGUUGCUCAUGGUGUGUUUGUGGAGUAUGUCGAUCAACACUUGGCCUUCCCCGAGUCGACUCCUCCAUACAAAAUUCCUCUUUUGAAUUUUUUGUGGCUGCUCUUUCGGGCAAUCGAGAGGAAAUCAGUCGGUGUAUUCAGACUAUUGAGAGUGUUAUAUAAGCCAUCGUUGGACAGAGAUGAGGACUAUACCUUGCUGUUGGACAAGGUUGGCACCUUUUUCUUUGAUGAAGCAGUCCCACCGGCUAGUCAGGGCCUUCUGGACUCUAUCUUUGGAACUAUGUUGAGCGUGUUUACCGAUGCUGACGGCACUGAUGUGUCAGCUGGUGCACAACUAGAUGUGAACGAUAGUGCAGAGCUGGAUUAAUGAAUUAACAAGUAACGGCACCUUUUGUUAUUGUAAUAUAAUGGAGCUGUUGAUUAUGUAUAGCGCAAUAUCUAUCAGUAAUAGACGUUUGCAUUUGAGGUAAGCGUAUACAUUGCUACAAGGAAAGCAGAUA